GUCUUCAGGUGACUGCUCUGGCCAUCAGACCUGCGCCUUUUCCUUUCUUGUCGAAACCUGCUGGAUACUGCGAUCAUUGGGUAAUCGCCCUGCAUCUCCUUGCCAAUGGAGGGCGUCCGCCAGUCGUGCCGGCCAAAGCAUCAGGUCUUGGUCCUGAAAUGCUACCCACAAUAUCAGAAGGGCAUUCCGGAAGUCAAACCGAAUCCCAGUGAACUUUCUUAUCUGCUCUACUAUGCGAGCACUCGUCGCAGCAAGCUGACCAAGGUUGGCGCUUUCCUGGAGAAGCGGGCUGCCCGGGAUGUCUGGCGCCGCAAGAUCGGCAAUGUACAGGUGACCCUUCAAAUCCUCACUGCGCUUAUCGAGAAAGUUCCCCGCGACCUCCCCAUUUACGCCCGAUCGGUGUUGACCGUGAUCGAAACGGUCCUGCGCUCCCGUGAUAUUACUAUUGUCGAGGAUUCGAUCGCGACCUUUGAGACUUUCUGCCGCCAUCAGGAUAUGGCGGCGCUGUCGGCGGAACAGGACUUUGCGACUCAGUACCGCGAAGUUGUGCGGACCUAUGCCAGCUUUGCUGAGGUUGAUCCCAUUCAGUUGGACCCUGCUGCUAGCGGCCCAUUGGCGAUACGGUGGAGGAACGCGGGACUACGUGCGAUCAAGGGCGUGGUUAGUUCUGAGGCGGGCUUGGCUGCUGAUGGCGGGGAUUCGCUGAGGAUCAUCUUGCCCGUCAUUUUGGAGAACCUGUGUAAAGGCGAGGAGGAUAUGCUUGCAUACCUGGAAAACCAGCUUCUGGAAUCGGAAAAGAGCGGCGAAGCAGACCUCGCGCACCGCCGGCGAGUUAGCAACGCGACCGUUCAGACCGUCGACACCGUGAAUGGCGACCCAGCAUUGGCUUCUCAAUCCGCGGCCGAUGCAGACAAGAAAGCGGAAAUGGAUGUGAGACUUCUCGCACUCCGCUGCCUCGAGCGCAUUGUUGUCACCGGAAGCAGUCGCGGCCAGAUCCGCGUGACGACCAAAAUUGUAUUGGAUUUCAUACUCCGCAGAAACCGAGCCACCAAUAUGGGCUUGUCUCUCGACUCGAGGGACAAUUGGGCUACAUCGUUGAUCGAGCUGGUCGCCAAAUGGUGUCCGGUGCAGGUCCGUUUCAUCAUCCUGGUAGCUGCCAUGGAGCUCCUGUUCGACAUGACGCCGAGAGAAGAGGCCCUAGAUGAGCCUUUUACCGUUGUCUACAUGAUUGACUGGCUGCUUAAAUCACCGGUGAAUAUGAUUGGACUGAGCGUGAUUGAUAUCCUUCUGGGUCUCUUGCAGCACAUGUCGUUUUUGCUGCCGCCCGCGGGGACGGAAAAGCCAACCGAACCAUCUGCGAAGAGACGAGAAUUGCUAGCUCUCUUUCAGAAGUGCAUUGGUGACCUCACAACACACAUCUAUUACGGGGACCAAGUUGUGGACAUGAUCCGAGUGAUUCUGACUCGGAUCAAGCCUUCGUCCAACGAGCAACCUGCGCAAUUUCAAGCUGAUUCUCCCGGUGCCGGCUCACAGACCGGAAGUCUUUCUGGGGAGUCCAGCGCGGUGGUGUUUUCGUCAGCUGGCGGAAGGGUUGCCGCUCUGAGAGCCAUCAAGAACGUUCUCCUGGUCGCGAAUUCCCGCAAACCCUCCGCUGUGCCCGGCGUGGAGUCCAGGAACCACGUGGGAAUCUACGUCUGGGAAGGGACCCAGUGGUUGUUGCAGGAGCGUCAAAGUGAUGUGCGUUACGCAUACGCCGAUGCGUUACUGUCCUGGUUGAAACUCGAGACGAACCAGACCGACCUGAUGGUCAAGGACAAGUACGCGAAACCCUCAAGCCCGAAGCGGGAGCCAACGGAUCCUGGCGAAAGGCCUGGAAAGCGAUCUGUUUCGGCGGCCGUGCAGAGAGAGAAGGCCGCAAUCGCAGCGCAGUCCAACUUCCUCCGCAUGCUCCAUCUGACUCUCUACGACAUUGCGCUCGAGAAUCCUACACGCGUGUCCGAAAUUCGGUUCCUCCACUUGAUCUUGACGAAUUUGGUGGAGAAACUCGGCGUCAACGCCGCGCGAUUCGGGCUUCCGAUGGUGCUGAAGCUUCAAGACGACAUGAGCAGCGUUCAAAGCUUGGCAUCCGGGCCUGCUAAGGUGAACAUCGGAAGCCUGGUGUAUGGGUAUCUGUGGGCCUUGUCUGAGCGAUUCGAGCUGGAAUCCUCGCCGGCGGGCCUGGCUAUUCAAGACGAAAUCUUGAAAAGACAGAAGCUUGGUCUUUGGCUUGACCAUAUCCGCUUGCCGGCAGCAGAUCUCGAUCAUAUCCUACAAGGCGGCGAAUCUCAUGCUAUGGCCGAUAGCGCCAAGAACGCAGACCAGAUUAUCCCAUUCACGAACGAUAUUGAGCCCCUUGUCCGGGGUAUUGAACACGCGUACAACCAGGCUGCGCUCUCCUCUGCACACAGUCCCCCGGGCUCCCCAUCACGCAGCUUGACCAUGCCCGUUCAGGGACAUGGAUCGAUUUCUUCCCAGCACAACCAUCUUCUGCCACCCCUCGUUAGGGAGCAGAUGCUCUCGGCAUGGUCCCGAGAAUCAUGCCUGGCCGCUGCGGAGCGCGAGAAGACCGAAGCACUGUCUCUUUAUGGUUCUAGGGCUGGGGCAUCGGCGAUGCGCAGCCAUGUCUACCUCAAUGGGGCGGAGAAUAGCUCACCUUCGAACAGCUCACCUACCUCCGCACAACAAAGUGCAGCCGGCCUGCACAAUGCGCGUCGGAUGAGUGUCCCUGAAUCCGCCAGGACACAGGUUCAUGGCGCCACUAGAGAGUCUCCUGUCCACGUUAAUGACCUGCGGCGCGUUCUUUCGAUCAAUGAUCAGGACAAGAUGCGACGACUGAGUCCGUUGCGCGGUCGCCUGGAUGCAUCCAACCGCAGCGUUAUCUCGUCUAGUAGCGAGAGCAUGGUCAGCGGUUAUUCCUUGUCCGAGAUCGACGGAGAUGGUGCAUCGAUACGGCCCCAGUCCACUCGGGACGGACAUGUAGAUGCAGACGGCACGGUGACUCCCAGAGCUUCCUCCCUGGCUUUCUCAGAGAAUGGACAGGCCUACUACAUGGCCGACGACAUUCCACCCGUGCCACCAAUUCCCCCAUCUUUGUCAAUCUCCGCCGGUGACUCGCAGCGCUCUCUGGCCUCUGACCGACCAUCCACUGCCCCCGGGCCACGUCGGCUACCGAUAGCGAACGGCAAGCCAGGCACACCUGCCGCGCCUCACCAUGGCAAGUCCCUCAGCAAGCACAAGAGUCGGUCAAGCACAGGACUCGCAGCCGCAGCAGCUGACGGCGAUUACCCGAGAAGCCAUGGGUAUGACGGAGUGCCCGACAUGGGCGAUUUCGACAGUGCUCAGCGACGAGACGUGCAGAACCUGCUAAACGGGUUCCUGUCGCCGGCGCAUGCAGAGUCGCGCAAUGGCACCAGCACCGGCCGGCCCCGUGGUGCCAGCCGACGAGGCGUGACCGGUGGAAUCGGACGUCCACCUUAUUAAAAACAUUCUUUACUUUCAUCACCCACUUCAUCCACCUUCAUUCUUCAUUUCAUUUCAUUCCGUCUUCUCUUCCUUUCCCGAGGUCUUUCAAUACAGGUUCGAGUCAUGAUUUC